CCUUCCCAUUAUUAUUCUCCUACUAGAACAACAGCACACCUUUCGACCUGCAAUACCCGGAUCAGUCCAGUCCACUUUCCUCUGAGUUGUGGUAGUUAUGUUCAGGCCGACUUCUCCUCUGGCCGGAGGCCUUCUAUGGAAAAUCCCCUGGCGUCUCUCGUCAAUGCAGAAGGCGCGUCAACGAAAGCGGUUAAAAAUGGUCGACAAAGUCGUCGACACGGUCAGCACAGCGCUACAAAACAAUGGCGGAAUGACGGCGAAGGCAGUAGAGCGAUGGUACCAGGAGAUGCCCCGAGAGGAAGAGAUGCUGCCAAAGGAUAAAUACACGAUUUUUGAUCGCAAGGAAAAGAAAUACAGAAAGGGCAUUCACAAGCUACCGAAAUGGACGAGAGUCAGUCAGAGACUCAAUCCGCCCGGCUUCUAGAGGACGCAACUCGACAGAUAUCAUUGAUGCCAUGCGCUACAUCUGCUUGACCUGCGCUUGGGAAAAUGCCUUUCGCCUCUCCGGUCCUUAUCGAUUCCAACACAAUAUGGCAAUUGCCUUGGCACUGGCGUGUGGAUGUUGACGCUCACCAAGCCCAGAUACGUCCUAUCAUCAAUUGAUGGCUGGAGAGAUUCAACGUCUUGAGCGCCGAAUAGCUUGGCUGCUCAAUCACGGAGCGAAGAGGACGCUAUGCAUCACACUGCUCUCCAAGCCCUGCCAUAUGAAGAGAAGUCAACUAGGUUCGAUCUCCCAACGUUGGCAGAAGACAGCUCACAGUCGAGUCGUCUUGUGGUACAGGAGCACGUCUAUAUGGGACAGGAUAAGAAAGCUUUUGAAUAGCGUGCAGAAAACUUGCAGGUGUAUGCUGUGUUUCCUGGGACGGAGAGACGACGAACUCCUAGCAGCGUGAGGAUCUCCCCCGUCACCCCUGCGGUACAUCACAGCGAAGAUAGGCUGUACGAGGUAUUGAUCUGUACAAUAGCGUUAACUAUUGCGACUUCAUUAUUGCCCCCAUCCACCCUCCCUCGACUCAUCCCAACUAUGUUCUUCGUGAACCAAAACCCUAGUCAGCCGCCAAGUGGACGCGCUAGGCAAGGAACUCUUCCAAAUGUCCUAUGUAUCUCGAAG